AUGGGCACCAUCAUAAAGGCCUUGCACGUCUUUAGAACAAACUUUCCUGAGAUGAACAUGCUACAUCCCGAUUUAUUUUCCCGUCUCUUCCUAUCGGAGCGUGUGGCCAAUAGUAAAGCCCUCCUGGCAGCUUUGCUUGCAGCAAUCAAGAAAGAAGAAUGCUACAUCGAUGGAACUUGGAUGAAGCAGCUCCUUCCAAGCGAAGAGUAUGCGUCUUUCUCUCGCGGUAUUCUUUCAAACGCCAUGCUCGGGCCCCCGGAAGUUGUUGUCGUUCAAGCCCACCUUAUUCUGACGCUAUAUGAAUGGGGCGUGAGAGAUUUCCAAAAGGCCUGGGUGCACUGCGGCAUCGGUAUUAGAAUCAUGCAAUCUCUGCAUAGCACUCGAAUAGCCCCGUUUUCUCUUGAUGAGACUAUUGACGUCGAGAGACCCGGCGAGCUGUCCCAAAUCGUUGAAACUGCGACCUACUGGGCUUGCUUCAUAUUAGACUGCACAAUCAACUCAGGAACGUACAAUCCUCGUAUGCUAUCUAUGGCCGAGAUGCUGAAGCUCCAAGUCCCUCGAGCCCCACCCGCUAGCGGGUUUCUGUUCGGAUUCAAGCAGAAGGCUAUGACCGAACGAAGAUUGCCUCUCAGUAUAGAAGAGUGUUACGAGAUUCUUGUUGACGGGUUUGAAAUCUAUGCAGAAGUCAUGAAAUUUGUGUACAACGAUGGACGGAAAGCACCCGGGAUUGUUGCGUCGCAUGCGAAUACCGGCUGCCGAGCAUUUGUCUACAUCAACCUGCUCUAUUAUCAUUGCGUUCUCAUGCUCAACAGGGAAUAUUUCCCUUUCCUGCCAAAACCGCAUGCGGAACCGCAAGGCCCUACGGAUCCCCCAUUUCUCGAAGCUGAGGCACCACCGUGUUACUGGGAAAACAGUGCCAAAGAGCUUUUCGAAGCAGCAGCGCAUGUGGCGACUAUCCUGCGUGACGCCCUUGAGUGGGGUAUGACAAUGAUGACUCCCGUGCCUGGCUUCUGUGGCUUCUCAGCCUGUUAUCUGAACCUUUAUGCUGUUCACUUUCCCAAUAUGACAGCGGGAUUCAGUCCAAAUGCUAAAGAACAUCUGGACAUGGGUCUUGCGUAUCUCAAGGAAUUCCGAAAGGCCUGGGAUCUCGGAGAAGGUUGGAUCCAAACUAUUCAAAAUGCCUCGACGUUGUUUGAGCAAGUGAACUCAAAUGUUGACAGAUAUCGCCACAGAUCACGCCUGGACUUUGAAGUCCUGCAUCAAUCGGCUCACGAGUUCAGGACGAUUGACAGGUCAGAACAACAUAUGGCCAUGAUUCGUGGGGCAGAACAGGGAGACGGGCAGUCCAUCGACGUUGGCGAAGAUAACAACAACGCUGUCCUUGACUCAGAAGACCUUGGAAACUUUGAUCCUGUUGCUUUGUUGGGAGAUCAAGCAUUGUGGCCUACGUGGUAUUCCGCGUCUUUGGAGAACGAGUCUUUUGGAGGCGUUUCACUCCAGAUUCCUUGA